CUUACACCUGGCAAACAGGCAGGCAGGCAGAGCUUCCGCCGUCGGGUCUGCAGUCUCCACCAUCCACAAGUCCGUGCACCACAGGAAGCCCCGAGCCGAGAAACCUGAAGCAGUGAGAGGUUCAAAGCUAACUCUCCGUCCUUUCCACGCAUUCGACAUCAUCACACCAACCCCUCGCAUCACCCCCCCGGAAUCUUCCACCCAACGACCCCCGACAACAAUUUCAAGAUGCCCGGCCUCGUCAACGCCCCCAACCACGUCCCCGAGAAGCAGCGCUACUACCAGCAGGCCUUCAAGAACCACACCCGCCUCUGGAAGAUUGGCCCUCGCAGCGGCAUCAUCAUGACCACCUUCAACAUUGCCAUGUGGGGUACCUUCGGCGCUUCCAUGUACGCCAUGUCCCGCAAGGUUCUCGGCUACAACACCUGGUUCUCGGAGGAUUAAAUUAGCCGUCCUACCACGAUAGUCAACGAAGGCGGUGCUACUGGUCAUGAUAGAAGCACGAGAAUCCCUUUGAAUAUGUGUAUAGUCGCAAAGAGCAGCAUAGAUGGCGGCAGAGGGCAGGCCGCUUUGGGUGAUACCUCCAAGAAGUAGGCCGCCACGCCGAUAUUCCCUAUUUGCAUCAUGGAUUCCACCGACCACCUUUGGGAGAGCUACUGUAACCGUGGAAAUCGUGAUCCAUUGGGUCUCGGCGCUUCGAUUACCAAGCUCCAAACACUGAUGGCUGCAGCUGUCAAGUCUUUUCUAUCAUUACAAAAUUAUGGCUUUUUGGCCAUGGGGCAGUAGUGGCCAUGGAGGUGUGAAACCUGUGAAUAGUGGUAACCAGGCGUUCCCUUUGUCAUGGGGGCAGAUCAAGUAAGCGCUUUAAAUCCCCGAGGCACCGGGGGCCUUUUCGUCCUUCUUUAGGCUUAUCAGGAGCUCACGGAAACGCUCCUUGCCGGAACCAGCAGCACCGCCC